GCGGCCUUAGCAACCUCUGGCAAGUUGUGCAGACAGCGGUUGAACUGCGGUGGGUGAGUGAGUGAGUCAGGGAGGUCCCGGCUGCUGAGACCGCUGGUUAGGGACAUGGCAUCCAACCACUGCCCAAGUUCAGAGCAAUGGAAGAAAAGUGCAGCAAAUACGGAAUUGAAUGAAAUUCAAAAGCAAGAAAUUAAAGAGGCCUUUGAUUUAUUUGAUGUUGAUGGGUCUGGAACCAUAGAUGUGAAAGAAUUGAAGAUUGCAAUGCAGGCCUUAGGAUUUGAACCAAAGAAAGAGGAAAUUAAAAAAAUGACAGCUGAAAUUGACAAAGAAGGAAUUGGCACCAUUAGAUUUGAAGAUUUUUUUGCCAUUAUGAGUGUAAAAAUGAGUGAAAAAGAUGAAAAAGAAGAAAUUUUGAAGGCUUUUAAAUUAUUUGAUGAUGAUGAUACUGGAAGUAUAACACUAAACAAUAUCAAGAGGGUUGCUAAGGAACUGGGGGAAAAUUUAACAGAUGAUGAACUUCAGGAAAUGCUUCAUGAAGCUGAUCAUGAUGGGGAUGGAGAAAUAAAUGAGGAAGAAUUUUUGAGAAUGAUGAAAAAGACCACUCUUUAUUAAUGCUGUUGUUUUGUUCUUUCUGGAAAUUUGUUAACAAGUUUGUAUUUGUUAUACAGUUUAAUAAUUUCAUACAGAAUGUAUUCACUUAAAUUUUACUUCGUAUGCACAAAUUGGUGUCAAUGUGUAGUGUAUGUGAGAAAUUAUAUGUUUCUACCAAUAUGUGGUUAAAUCUACAGCAUCAAGAAAACAUGAUAACUAAUGUGAAGUACAGAUCCAAGAACAGUAUUAAUUCUGUUUUAUAGCCUUAGAUUCCAAAGACAGAAUUAUUUUACAUUUGAUGAAGUUGGCCCCACAGCCAAAUGAAUUUGGUAAACAGACCAUUACUUUCCCUACAUAUCCUUUUGUGCAGCUCUAUACAAAUGGAUGGACAUUUGCAUUUUAAUCAGUUGUUCAAAUAUGUAAAAUUUGAAUACUUCUCAACUAUGUAAAGUAUUAAAUAAAAUGGCAACUAUAUUAUUUGCUAAUUUUCUUCUUAUAGUUUUAAAGAAAGAAAUUCAAAACAGUAUUUGUAUCAUCUCUAUCUUCCGUAAGUUUGAUCUUGUAAAUUAGCAUAAAAUAGGUCUGCUAGGACAGGUAAUAUUGGGAUUUUUUUGUAUUGUCUCAGUUAACACAAGUUAGAAGCUGGCAAUAUUAGUUCCAUCUUACAUA